AUUUAAGCGAGAGGUCAGGGACUUGGGACGGACAAGGAAGCCAGAAGCUUGGGCACAGGCGGAGAGGGGCGGGGAGCGCAGCAGGGCACCUGGAAGAAGCCAGAUACUCACCUCCUCAUGUUGCUGACACAGCCAGGAUGGCUUUGAACUCAGGGUCACCUCCAGGAAUUGGACCUUACUAUGAGAACCAUGGGUAUCAGUCUGAGCACAUCUAUCCCCCGAGGCCACCUGUGGCUUCCAAUGGCUACAACCUGUAUCCAGCUCAGUACUACCCAUCUCCAGUGCCUCAAUAUGCCCCGAGGGUUACAACGCAGGCCUCAACACCUGUCAUCCGCACACAGCCCAAGUCCUUAGGGACACUGUGCACCUCAACCUCACAGACCAAGAAAUCCUUGUGUGUCGCCCUCGCCCUGGGCACUGUCCUUGUGGGUGCUGUUGUGGCUGCUGUCUUGCUUUGGAGGUUCUUGCCAGGGGAUAGCAAGUGCUCUACCUCUGAGAUGGAGUGUGGGUCUUCCGGCACCUGCAUCAGCUCUUCUCUCUGGUGUGACGGGAUAUCACACUGCCCCAACGGGGAAGAUGAGAACCGGUGUGUUCGCCUCUAUGGACCAAGCUUCACCCUCCAGGUUUACUCAUCUCAGAGGAAAGCUUGGUAUCCCGUAUGCCAGGAUGACUGGAAUGAGAGCUACGAUAGAGCAGCAUGUAAAGACAUGGGAUACAAGAACAAUUUUUAUUCUAGCCAAGGAAUACCAGACAGCACCGGAGCAACAAGCUUCAUGAAGCUGAACGUAAGCGCAGGCAACAUAGACCUCUAUAAAAAGCUCUAUCACAGUGACUCCUGUUCAUCCCGAAUGGUGGUUUCUUUGCGCUGUAUAGAGUGUGGAGUCCGCUCAGUGAGACGUCAGAACAGGAUUGUGGGUGGAUCGAGUGCCUCACUAGGAGAUUGGCCCUGGCAGGUCAGCCUGCAUGUCCAAGGCGUCCAUGUCUGUGGAGGCUCCAUCAUCACCCCUGAGUGGAUUGUGACAGCUGCUCACUGUGUGGAAGAACCCCUCAGCAACCCGAGGUACUGGACGGCAUUCACAGGGAUUUUGAAACAGUCUCUCAUGUUCUAUGGAAGAAGACACCAGGUAGAAAAAGUGAUUUCCCAUCCAAAUUACGACUCUAAGACCAAGAAUAACGACAUCGCCCUCAUGAAGCUGCAGACGCCUCUGACUUUUAACGAUGACGUGAAGCCAGUGUGUCUGCCAAACCCAGGCAUGAUGCUGGACCUAGCCCAGGAAUGCUGGAUUUCAGGGUGGGGGGCCACCUAUGAGAAAGGGAAGACCUCGGAUGUGCUGAAUGCUGCCAUGGUACCCUUGAUCGAGCCCUCCAGAUGUAAUAGUAAAUACAUAUACAACAACCUUAUCACACCAGCCAUGAUCUGUGCCGGCUUCCUGCAGGGCACUGUGGACUCUUGCCAGGGAGACAGUGGAGGGCCACUGGUUACUUUGAAGAAUGGCAUCUGGUGGCUGAUUGGGGACACAAGCUGGGGCUCUGGCUGUGCCAAGGCAUUCAGACCUGGAGUGUACGGGAACGUGACAGUAUUUACAGACUGGAUCUACCAGCAAAUGAGGACGAACAGCUAAUCCACGUGGCCUUUGGCUCUGACUUCUUUUGUCUUCGACACCCUUCUGCAAGAACACCAAGGGGCUGAUUUUUAACUCCUGUGCACAAUGUACCUUUUGAGAUGAUUCAAAGGGCCUUUCACUUUAUUAAACAGUGACUUGUCUGACUGCGCUCCCUGGUCCUGUGAGGGCUUCAGUGCCCCACCCCAGGCCACUUCUGUGGCUCCCAUCCAGAAGGGAUGAUGAUCCUGCUGGGUUUGGGCACAUAGGGCCAAAUGCAGAGGAGGAUGGCACUGUCAUGCUCAUUCUCCUUUUUGGUUCAUGCUCAGGCCUCUUUUGGAUGAAUAAAGACUGUGACCUCUGAAUAGCCUGAUGGCCUAACAAAGAGUAGGGAAGCCAGGCAGGGCCUUGGGCCCUGGGACAGACAUCUUAAGAGAGCUACUAUAGCCUGUGGCCUGACUCUGUGUAUAGUCUGGGUUGGUCAUAUUAUAAUGACUCCAUUAGCAACCAGGGUGAACAUGGCUGGGAGCAAAGGGCUCUCUCUCCUGCAUGUUGACAUAACAGCCACUUCUAAGCAUAACAGAGCUUUUGCCAGGCUGAGAGCCUAGGCAGAGCCCUCAGAGCAAGAAGCUAAUGUCAACAUGUUCCCCUUGCCCACUUGUCCCUUGGGUGAACUCUACAUGGUGUCAUUCAGUCUGGUUCUUGGCUCCCCACACUGUUUUCUCAGCCUCUCAGAGCCUGAGACUCACCUCAGUACCUGGUACGGAGUACCGGUACUCAGUACCUGGUACCUGAUGGAUCCUGUAUAGUUCAGCUAGUCCCCUGAAGGAUGAGGUCCAUCAGAAUCAGGGACAUGUGAUUCCAGUAAUGUUGCUUCUGGAUCAUGUUUCUUCUCUUACUACCUCACUGCUCCUGGAGCACUAGUCUGGAUGGAUGUCUAGUGUUCACCUGCAUUUGGACUGUGUGAUUGUGCCUCAGAUAUUAGACCUCUUCCAGGUGGUGAGGUUGUUCUGUAGAAGUUCUUAGUUUGGGACAAAGAUGAAAAAGAGGAAGUCAUUGUUCUAUGUUCUCUUCUGGCCCUGGGUUUACACCAGGAAGACCGUGCCAGAAUUACCAAGUAUGAAGUAUGAAUGUCUUACCUAUGGUGAGGCUCUGCCUUCUUCCCUCUGCCUGGUUCUCCAGAAGGGAGUGGAUGGGUCAUAGCUGGAACUCCAUCUUUUCUGGGAAGGGACUCCCAUCCAGGGGAGGGUCAUGCACUCUGUGAUGCUUCCUCUGGGAGCAGCACCUAGGGACCUUUUCAGAUGCAAUGCCUGAAUAAAUGUGCAAGCGCCUUGAAGUGUGAGAACAUGUCCCCUCCCCAGCUCUCCCUGUCUGUGCUCUUGGUUGGUUGUU